AUGUGGAAGCAGCAAUGCGCCAUCAUCGACAUCCGUAACGCGACCUUCUACCGCCACCAAUACCCAUCAGCACACGAUACGCAGGAGUCGAAUCCGCCUCUCUUCCCCAACCUCACCUUUCAACUCUCCAAUGGCGGGCAAACCACCCCACAGUUCUGGUCUGUUUUAUCCCCCUCAUCUCUGGCGCGCACCACUUUUCUCCGCAUCCUAGCCGGACAACAUAUCUGCGUCCCACCUGCCGCGAGAUCCUAUCCCUAUCUGGUGGAAACGUCCGAAUCUCUCCAACAUGCCAUCAAGUACGUCGGAUUCGACGCAGAUCGAGGGAGUAAUGUUGGGGGCACGAGUGUGCGAGGCGCCUACCUAAGUGCACGAUACGAGAGUCGAAGGGAAGAGACUGACUUUUCCGUUCACGACUAUCUCACCGGCCAUACGGAACUCAAUGCCCUUGAGCGCCAAAUGACCGCUACAGAGCGACAGACGCUGGAAGAAGUGACGGAGCAACUUAACCUUCGCCGACUGCUCUCCAUGCCCGUCUCGAAUCUUAGUAAUGGACAGACACGCCGGGCGCGCAUUGCUAAAGCUCUCAUGGGCCGGCCGCAGGUUUUGCUGCUCGAUGGACCCUUCAUGGGACUGGAUCCGAAUACGUUGGCGAAUAUGUCGAGGGUGCUUCGUGACUUGGCGGAGAGGCAGCAGCCUCGGCUUAUCAUCAGUUUGCGGCCGGAGGAUGGGGUGCCGGAAUGGAUCAGCCAUUUGGUACUUGUUAGUGAGGAAGCGAGGAUCCUGGCGCAGGGGGCAAAGCAAGAGGUGUUCAAUUCAAAGACCGAUGCUACGAAAUCUAUCCUAUUCACUGCUCAACUCGGGCACAAUGCGAACAACAUCACCAGACUCAGCCGAGAUGGGUUUCCGCAAGAGUCCCCUGCGCUGAAAGCCGGCGAACCUCUGGUCGAGAUGAAUGGCGUCGAAGUUGCUUACGGCCAGAACGAAGCUCGCAGAGUAGUUCUCGGCGACUGGGAGCAACAAGUCAAUGGAGAGCAAAGGCCCGGCCUAUGGUGGAGUUUGCACCGCGGGCAACGAUCCGGCAUCUUUGGAGCGAAUGGAAGCGGCAAAACCACAAUGCUCAGCCUCAUCACUUCCGACCAUCCUCAAACCUACAGUCUACCCAUCAAACUCUUUGGACGCUCGAGACUCCCCGCUCCGGGUGAGGCGGGCAUUAGCUUGUUUGAUAUUCAGAAGCGAAUGGGACACUCCAGUCCCGAAGUUCAUGCCUUUUUCCCCAAGAGUCUGACCGUCCGGCGAGCGUUGGAAUCCGCGUGGGCGGAUGCGCCGAUGGCUAAGCCUCGAUUGGAUGAGGAGGCGAAUCGGCGAGUGGCUGCGUGUCUUCGCUGCUUCUCCAACCAACGGCUCCUUCUCUUCCUCCGCGCAAUCGUCGCCAGUCCAGACCUCGUAAUCCUCGACGAAGCGCUCAGCGGCAUUGACGAAGCCACACGCGACAAAGCCCUACUCUUCCUCUCGCAGGGUGAGACAGUCGCCGCAGUCGUUGACGGAGUUGCGCAGCCUAGUGUCUUGACGCAGCUGGACAUGGUCGUUCACAGCGGUCUCUCCCCCGACCAAGCCCUUCUUGUCAUCAGUCACUCGAAAGAGGAUGUACCGGGGUGUGUGAGGGAAUGGAUCUGUCUGCCUGAGCCUGGAGAAGGCCGCAUUCCGAGGACUGGCAAGCUUUCAGGGCCACUGGAGCUCAAUCCGCAAGGCUGGGGCGAGAUCUGGGGAGAACGCUUACCAGCGUGA